CGUUGCUUCUCUCUAACAAAUCCAAAGUAAUAUAACAAAAACAACCAUACCUCUUUCUCUUCUCAACCUAACAUGGCUCUUUCUUCCUCAUUCUUCAUACUAACCUUCUUCUUCCUCUUCGUUUUUCUCUUCACACUCUCUCCUCUUCCUGUUUCUGCAACCGACCACAUCGUAGGUGCUAACCGUGGCUGGAACCCUGGUAUGAACUACACUCUUUGGGCCAAUAACCACACUUUCUAUGUCGGCGAUUUCAUUUCAUUUAGGUAUCAGAAGAAUCAGUACAACGUGUUUGAAGUGAACCAAACUGGUUAUGAUAACUGUACCCUAGACAGUGCUGUUGGAAAUUGGUCUAGUGGGAAAGAUUUCAUAUUACUGAAUAAGACUAUGAGAUAUUACUUCAUUUGUGGUAAUGGCCAAUGCUUAAAUGGAAUGAAAGUUUCAGUUCUUGUUCAUCCACUUCCUCCUCCUCCUACUUCAUCUCAACACAACCAUUCAGCACCAAGCUCUGCUGCUUCUAUGGUCUUGGAGUAUUUGGGACUUAACUCUCUAUUCUUGUCUUUUGCUUUUCUUUUGUUUGGAUUUGUUUUGGUAUAGCCAAUUUGCCACUUUGCAAAAUUUAGCUUUUUGUUUUUGUUGUUGUUGCUGCUGUUAAUUUCUAGUAUUCUUAAUUCAUUGUUUUAUCAAAGUUACUAAUUCUUAUACCACUA